AUGACGCAAGUCGAGAUGUUGAAACUGUUGAUUCUCAAAACAAGUUGGGAAAUGGAUCAGGUCGUGGCAAGCGGGUCAUUUACGGGCUACUCCAGGCACUACCCCUUUGAACACAUCUAUCGCCACUUCAGACGGUAUCGAAUUACUGAAGGGUCAGAGGAGAUCCAGAUGCGAAAGGUUGCAGCGUAUCUGUUUGGGUUUGGGGGGAAGAGUACCCAGAAGGAAAAGUUGUAG